CAGUCGACAUGCCGCCAUAUUAUUAAGACGUGGCUACUUUUUCCGCUGGUCUUCGAUACUGAGAAUUUAAGCACACGUUUGAUGAGAAUGGACGAAGUUCAAGAAUUUCCAUCCAUAAUAGACGUAAACGUUGGAGGCAAUGUUUACACCACAUCACUAGCAAGCCUUACAAGAUUUCCAGACUCCAUGUUGGGGGUCAUGUUUAGUGGACGGCGGCCGGUGGCGAAAGAUUCUCGAGGAAAUUUCUUCAUCGAUCGUGACGGGCCGAUGUUUCGGUAUGUGUUAAAUUUCUUGCGCUCUUCCAAGUUGAACCUACCUGACAAUUUUCAGGAAUUUGAUCAGCUCGCUGAGGAAGCCGAUUUUUAUCAAAUUCCUCGUCUCAUUGAAGCCUUGAAAAAAAUCAAAUUAAGUAGUACUGUGGGAAGAAAUCAAGUGAUUCGAAUAACUCUGGACAGAGAUAAGCACGGAUUAGAGACGUUGCUGACGGUUUUCGCCGAGAAGCUCAUCUUACAGGAGAUAUUUAGAGGCUACGACUGCAUCUGUAGCCCUCUCGUAUUUUCGUUCGAUAAAGAACAGGCGGACUCAUCUACUACAGCGAUUCUACAAGAAAUCACUAAUUAUGGUUUUGAGGUGAUGACAAGCCUCUCGCAUCCUGAAGACAAAUCUAUUAAUGAGUGGUUUUUCCUUCGCAAGCGCAAGACAAAUGUACCAAAUUCUUAAUUUUA